UUCAAUUUUUGAAUUAUCUUAAAAAUCAUAAUAAUACGGAGUAAUCAAUAAAAUUUUAAUAAAUGGCCCCAAAAAAUAAAGGAGUAUCAGAUAAGAAACAAAAUAGGGCCAAAAAUUACGGAGUACAUUUUUUAACUGGACCGGUCCGCAAAACCAAAGCUGCCAUUUUGGCUCUUGUCUUCUUCCUUUUCGACGGGAAAUCACCAUUAAAAAAGCUCAAGGGAAUAGGGCUACUUGGAAGGGAAGAUGGAAGACAUCUUGACCGAUAUUCCCCCGCCUUCUAGAUUCUUCUUAGAAGAUCUGAACAAUUUCUCCCCUCGUUCAUCUCCUCUCCCUUCUCCAUUCCUCUUGUUCUCAUCACCCAACCCAGAGAAAUACUCUCACCCUUCUUUGCUCAUAAUUGCAAUGUCUUUCCCAUCCACUCACUUCUUUCACCACACCUCUUCCAAAACCUUAGUUGCAACACUCAUCCUACCCGAGAUACCAUUAUCGGGGAACUCAGUCGAACCCUCCCUAAAGGACAAAUCUUGCAAUAUUUAUGCCAUACACCACUCUGAUAAAUUGAUCUUGGUAGCUUCAGUUCAAUAUCCAGUCACUGCAGAGAGAUCUCACGCGGUUGCAAAGCUGCUGGUUGGGCAAAAGAUCAUCCCGGACCGGGUUUUGGUUUUGGAUACAAUCCGGAGUCGCAACUUUAGGGGCAAACUUCCCCCGGAUGAAACACUCGCUUUCAAGCUGGAGUCUUCAUUAGAGAGAGCCCAUGACGAUUCUUCUCAGUUGGUUAAAGGUUUGGACUACUUGCCAUCAGGAAGUGUGGUGGACGGAUUGGCAGCCGCUCUAUUGGGCCGAUGCGAGAUGGAUAAAAUCAGAGGAACAGUGUUGGUUUCGUGGCCCGAAGCUGGGGGUCCCGCAACAUCACUUGUGAAAUCUCUUCUGCUCAAGAAUGUCUUCCCAGGCAUGAUGGAUCAUAAUACCAGUGCUGAUAAGGGCAAAAGUGACUUUUCUUGGCCUGGGGGUAUCAAAGAUCAUCUUCUUGACUCUGAUCUUUAUACAUGAUGUUUAGUUUCUUGGAAAGAACUGUCUUAAUCUUAACUAAAUUUCCAUAUUUCUCCUUGUUUCUGACCUUCUGAAGUUUGUACUCUUCACUUUGUUUUGUACUAGCAUGCGUUGAUGCUGUCUUUAAUUUGAUUCGUUUGACACUUUUUAUCAAACUAAAUUAAACAUAUUAAGGGGCUUUUUUUAUUGGAGAUAUCCAUUUUUAGCAUUGUAAGAAAAAUUUACCUCACUU